UGCGCGUUAGGGCUUUAUUCUGACCGCUGCCCAGUUACUUAAAACUCAAAAUGCGAGAGAGCUGGCCGAGGCUUUGGCCCCCGGCGCUGGCGCUGCUCUAUCUGAUCCUGCUCCUGCUAAUCCACCUGCUCCCCGCCACUGAGGCCGCGUUCCGUAAUGGGACCGCAAGUCGCUGGAGUGGCAGUUCUCGGCGAAGCAACGCUACCUGUGCCAGAAGAGUCCUGUCGGAAAUCCUGCCACUGCCAGAGAGUUGUCCACCCGAAGUGCUCGGUCUAAGGGGCACCGUGUACAUCCUCUAUGACGUGAACAUAUCCGAGGGCUUCAACCUGCGCCGGGACGUCUACAUUCGCAUGGCGGUGUUUGUGCGCCGGCUGCAGAGGAGGAAGAGGUUUCGCAAGGUGCGGUUGGUCCUGCCUCCAUGGCCCCGCCUGUACCACUGGCACUCGCAGGGCCUGCAGCAGGCUGGACUGCCCUGGGGUCACUUCUUCGACCUGGCCAGCUUGGCCCGUUACGCACCUGUGCUGGACUACGAGGAGUUCCUGGCCGAGCAGCGGCUCUUCGGCAAUCCGGGAGCCCCCCUGGUGCACGUGGCGCACGCGUUCCGACUCCAGCACUACGAGGUUAUGCUGGAGCAAGGCAUCUUCAGGGACAAGUUCGAACGCGUCACCGACAAGCCGUGCAGCGAGGGAUCACUUUCGGGCGGACUUCUUUUGCAGCAACCUGAGCUGCGAGUCGGCCGGUUCCACUGCGUCCGGUUCCAGGGCAGCGCCGGGUUGCUGGAGCAGCUACUCCGCGUGGCGAUUGCCGAGGACACGACCGGGCCGGAGGACGCCGACGAUAUGCGCACCUACGCCCUGCUCAGCGCUGAGACCGUGCUGCACGACCACUGGGGCGAUGAGCACUUCUGGCGAGCCCGGCGCUCCAUGCGCUUCGCCCGCCCCCUCGACCAGGUGGCCGCCGCCUUCCGGCAACAGGUGCUGGCCACCACGGACGCCACGGCCGGAGUUCAGCGGCCACCGAUGUGGGAGCUGGAGAGAGCGAAGCGAGACGCCCGGGGCGGGGAUUACAUGUGCGCCCACCUCAGAAGGGGCGACUUUGUGCGCUCGCGGGAGGCGACCACGCCCAGUCUGAAGGCGGCGGCCCAGCAGGUGAAGCAGCUGCUGCGCGCCUUCAACAUGACCACCGUGUUCCUGGCAAGCGACGCUACGCCCUACGAGCUGAUGGAGUUGAAGGAGCUUUUCUAUCGCUUUCGCUUUGUGCACUUUACGCCGGAGUCCAACGCCCAGCGGCGGGAGCUGAAGGACGGGGGUGUGGCUGUGGUGGACCAGCUUGUCUGCGCCUACGCCCGCUACUUCGUAGGCACCUACGAAAGCACCUUCACGUACAGGAUCUACGAGGAGCGUGAAAUCCUGGGCUUCAGCCAAGCCAGCACCUUCAACACGUUCUGCAAGGCCCUGGGAGGAAGCUGCUCCCGCAACGCCGUUUGGCCCAUUGUGUGGGAUGAUGGCGACCCCGAAAGCGAGGAGGACACCGAUAGCGUUUCAUACUGAACACCCUCCGAUUGCUGUGCCGUAUAUAUAUAUAUAUUGUGAGACCGCUCGAAUUCUAGUUUUAAGUCCAAUGUGUGUCAGAUCAGUAACAGAGAUUCCGAACAACCUGCGAUUGUGUACCAAAAAAUAAAUUAAUAGCCAAUAUUCUGUACUUCAAA